AUGAUGGAAACCCCAGUCUUUGUGAUCUUCAUGACCACCCUUCUUACCAUGACCGUGGUGAUGGUGAUGGUGCUCGUCGUGACCGUGAUGGCCCUUAUGGCCGUGAUGAUCCUCGUCGUAAUGAUGUUUGUCAUGGUGACCAUGUUUGCCAUGAUGGCCUUCAUGAUGACCGGAAUGAUGAUGUCCUCCCUUUUUGUGGUGGCCACCGUGUUCAUCGUGAUGACCAUGAUGCUUGCCGUAUUUGUGGUGCUUGCCUUCGUCGUGGUGGCCGUCGUGGAAGUGAUGGUCCUUGUGGAAGUGGUCCUUAUGGUACUUCUUGUGGUAUCCAUCGGUGUGCUCGCCCUUGUCGUGGUGUUCAUGGUGACCAUGUUUGCCGCCCUUGUGGUGGUGUCCGUGCUCGUGGUGCUCGCCGUGAUGAUCGUGUUCAUCCCAAUGUUUCUUGUGACCACCUCCAUGUUCGUGAUGGUGCCCCUCGUGGUGGUGCUUGCCGUAGUGGCCUUCGUCGCCCUUGUGGUGGUGGUGAUGGCCCUUGUGACCCUUGUCUCCCUUGCCGCCGUGUUCGUGAUGAUGGUGCUCGUGGUGAUGAUGCCCACCGCCAUGCUCGUGGUGGUGGCCCUUGCUCUCGGCUACAGCGAGAUCAGACUCGGGUUCGUGGGCGACACAUGCCGCCGCAAGGCAGAGCACUCC